CGCUGGAGUUGGAAGCAGUUGGAGCGCAGAGCGCGUUUAAAAGGCGCACCUCGCAGGAGAGCCCCAGCAAAGCAGCGCGCCGCGGCUGAGAGAAAGGGAGGAAAAAAAAAAAGAGUCAGUCUGAACGUUUUCUGCGGACUGUACGCUCAUACCUACCUUACAGGGUUUUUUUCCCCUCCCGUGUAAUUUUAUAAUAGCUGAAUAUAUUUGACAUUUUUAUUAUUAUCGUGUGCUCCCAGUUGCAAUAUAAUUGUUUAAAGGGUAAGAGGAGACAAGCUGCGAGUGAGUUUGGGGUAAGAAAAGGAUGUCUUUGACCAAAGACGUGAAGGAUUUUAUCUGAGAAGAGGGAAAAGCUCCGGUUAGAGACUAUAUAAGCAGGCACUGGUUCAAACAAAUGUGCGACCACGCACCCGUCUUUCGUCAGCUCGCACGCCAUUAUUUGCCUCCAUCCCGAAAGCAGCACAUACUCAAACGACAGAGAAUCUGGCUCAAACAGGAGGCUCCAAGCUUGUUUUCAAGCUCCUCGUAAACUUCAUGGGUUGACCCGCAAGCACUCCCAACACGCCUCCUCUUCGUCCUCUGCUCUAACCCCUUCCCGCUGCCUCCAUCUGUUUACGCCACCUCUGACACGAUGACUUGUUGUGCCUCGGACUCGCCGGGACGUGUAAUCGCAGCGUCACACUCUACAUCUCAGACUUGUGGAUAUAUCAGCCAGUAGAGUGAAAGACACAGAGCGAGAAGAGGGGAGGGACAGACAGACAGAAGGAGAGGAAGGAGAGCGGAUCUGCGUGUUGAGAAGAGAGGUCCAUCAGUCCCUGCAGCAGAGGGAUCCACCUGCCCCGCAGAGGAAGGGGGAACCCCCCCCUUACCUGAUCCAUCUGGUAGCAAGGGGGGGCCUUGCACAGCCUGGAAGGCAGCAGGGACUAUGCAGCUGGGACUGGUGGUGCUGGCAAUGAUCAUUCUCAGCUCCAUGGGUCACAGCGAUGUUCUCAAGCUUUCCAAGGCGAGAAGGCAGAGACGGGUUAGCACUGAGGGACCACCAUCCUGCGACAAAGGCUGUGACCGAUGCUCUGAGUACAAUGGCUGCAUUAAAUGCAACCCAAAGCUCUUCAUCUUCCUGGAGCGCAACGACAUCCGUCAGAAAGGAGUGUGCCUCUCCUCCUGUCCUGUGGGAUACUUCGGCAUGAGGAACCCAGAAGGAAACAACCGAUGCACACAGUGUAAAAUAGAGAAUUGUGAGGCAUGUUUCAGCCGCAACUUUUGCACCAAAUGUAAGGAGGGCUUGUAUUCACACAGUGGCCGAUGUUACGUCAGCUGCCCUCCAGGCAAGCACAGUGCCAAUAACACCAUGGAUUGUGACGGUCAUCAUGCUUCAGAGUGUGAACUGGGAGAGUGGAGCCAGUGGAGUUCCUGCAUGAAGAAGAACAAGACAUGUGGAUUUAAGAAGGGCUCGCAAACCCGGGUUCGUUUACCCCUUCCCCAGAUUCCCAGUGUGGACACCUCCCCUGCUUAUGUGCCCCCACAGACCUGUGCUCCAGAGACAGAAAGGAGGAAGUGUGUCGUGACCAAGACGCCUUGUGCAAGAGAGAGAAAGAAUAAGAGUGACAAACAGGAUGAUACAAACAGGAGGGAAAAUGCACGCGGGAGAGGACGAGAAAGCAAAGGAGGAGGUGGAGGGGGAAAGCGGAGGAAAGCCCAGAGCAGGACCACCACUGCUCCCACAGUCACAAGCAGUGCUGUCACCUAAACUCACCAAAGCCUGAGGGGUGAGGUUUGGAGUAAAACUGAGGCUGUGCAUCACCCAACACAACAAGAAAACAGAGACACGAGUGCAAAGAGUUACUGCUGCUACGCUGCAUUGUCGAAGAUGCAAUAAGAACUGGAGGACUGCUUCAAAUAAAAUAAAAUAAAAAGUUUUCUGAAUCUUUCGGAAAAAAAAAAAAUAUCCCGGGGACCUUUUGUUAUUCGGACAGCCUUGCUGGUUUCCAGUUAAAAUCACAGUUGCAUAGUGAAGUCAAGUUGCAAACUGUGAUUGGAUUGGCUUGUGUCAUAAACAGACUGUACCGAAACUCUUGGACAUAUCUUUCUUUUCAAAAUGCAGCAUUCAACAGGAAAGUGGAUUCUUUAUGGAGAUUUUCUGAAGUCUUUUGACGUUAGUAAAGUUUGUAAUUUCCAGCCUGAUUUUAAUCACAAUCAGUGUUUCAUUAGUUUUUGUGUUUUGGAGAGGUGGCAGAUUGGAGUUCCUCAAAAGUCCCAGUGUGGGAUGUGAAGACAACGAACAGGAAUAGGUUGCGGUACCCUUAAGUUCAGUGGGGAGUUGAAACAAAAAUUAAGUCACUGAAAAUGAUUAUAUAUUUGAGGGCGUCUGGUACAAAAACAAGUUGAGAAUAAUCAACCAUAUUCUUCAUAUUCAUAUACAUCUGUGGCUUCUAAACAAAAACAUACAAUAUCAUUGCUUUCUGAUUGUUUUCAAUGAAAUAUUUUUUAUCUGAAAAAAAGAAUAUCUGCACAGAAAAUAAUAUUUGCAUGAAACUAAUUAGCAUUUGUGUGUUUUUAAAUCUAGCUGAAGUAUUCGUGUUUGCGUAUUUUAUAUGCAUAUCUGCACGGAUUUAAGUGGUUGACAGAUCUUGCUGCAUACAUCAGUAGUCAACAUUUGCACAUACAGUUAGUCUUAUUACUUGUCUCAUGGACUGAAGGAAGAAAGUCUGGAAAACAAAUGGAAGGACAUGUAAAUACACAUUAAUAUAUAGAACCACACUUAUCAUUAUACUAUCCAUCAAAUCAUCUGUUCAGUAACCAGCAUGUUUUCAACUUGGAUCUGGGGAUUUUGCACAACACUAAUGUUUUCCUACUGCUCAUAUGUGAGAACAAUCACAACAUGUUACAAAUAUUUUCAAAUAAACUGGCUUUGCAUCACAUAUAUGGAAAGGUUUCGGUUUUAAAAACAAGAUAUCUGUAUAGGUAUCUUAAGACAUCUGAAGAUGUUACAUGGUACUUUAUUCAGUCUUUGAUACUAUAGAAUGUGAUACAUAAUAUGUCAAGAAGUGUUUACCAGUAUUAGUAUCAUCAUGUAUAGCUUUUUUUCUGUGAAAGCCUGAAUAAAAUACAGAUGAUGCUGGUGGUGCAUCAGCUGUACACUGCU